AUGUUUACCCACGGUUGGAAGAAGUCGUCUUGGAGAUAUUUAUGGGCAGUACCUGUCAUCUAUCUCGUUAUUGCUGGGCUUGAGGCUGUCAUGGCCGGAAGCAUUGUUGGCUUAGUGUUGGGAGCUGUUUACUCUGCCGGAUACUACGAGAUGAACACCUGGAUCCCUUGUACCUGGGGGUUCAUCAACGUAUUGGUACUCAUUAUUUCCUCUUUCUCAAUUCAAGGCGGACUUUGA